CACUCUCCCUUGCCAACUCUCCUCCCGUCUAAACUUCUUUUCUCCCCUUUUUUUUCUUUCUUUUAUAUUCCCUUCUUGUUUAGGCGGGGUGGAGGUCAUAGACAUUAGAUUUUCAUUUUAUUUUAUUUUAUUUUUUCUAUUCCUCUUCAAAUUUUUGCUUCAUAAUUUUGUUUUGGUGACUUGGUUCAAUAUUGAAUCAUUCUGCUUAUUGAUUCUUGGAUUGAUCCUUUUUCAUGAUGAUGGGAUUGGUUCUUUUUAAGUUGAUCUGGUGAACAAUUUUGUGAAUAAUUUGCGAAGGUGUUCAUAUUGUGGAUUUUGGAGUACAGACAAGCUUUGACAUGUUCUGCUGUGGAGGUGCCGAGGAAGAGGCCUAUGGUCCACCGGUUAGCCAACAUGCUGCGCCACCAAACCGAAAUGCUCCAGGUCAUGAUAGAGAUCCAAGAGGGCCCAAUCCCCCCAGAAGUGGUGCCCCACAAAAAACUUUGCCAAUCGAGAUACCAGCAAUACCAUUGGCUGAACUGAAUCAACUAACCUCUAAUUUUGGCCAGAAGGCUUUGAUUGGGGAAGGUUCCUAUGGUAAGGUUUUUCAUGCAGAUCUGACUACAGGAGAGCCUGCUGCUAUAAAGAAGCUCGAUCCUAGUGCCUCAAAUGAUCCAGAUUCAGAUUUUGCUGCUCAGUUAUCGAUGGUUUCAAGACUUAAACAUGAAUAUUUUGUUCAGUUGCUGGGCUACUGUUUAGAAGCAAAUAAUCGGAUAUUAGUAUAUCAGUUUGCAACCAAUGGGUCUUUACAUGAUGUUUUACAUGGGAGGAAAGGAGUGCAAGGUGCUGAACCUGGACCUGUCCUGAGCUGGAAUCAAAGAGUGAAGAUUGCCUAUGGUGCAGCAAGAGGUCUUGAGUAUCUGCAUGAAAAAGUCCAACCACCAAUUGUUCAUCGGGAUGUCAGAUCCAGCAAUGUUCUUUUGUUCGAUGAUUACGAGUCCAAAAUUGCUGACUUCAAUUUAACUAACCAGUCUCCUGACACAGCAGCUCGUCUACAUUCAACUCGAGUUUUAGGAACUUUUGGUUAUCAUGCUCCAGAGUAUGCAAUGACAGGGCAAUUAACACAGAAAAGUGAUGUUUAUAGCUUUGGAGUCGUUCUAUUAGAGCUUCUAACAGGAAGAAAGCCUGUAGACCAUACAAUGCCAAAAGGACAGCAGAGCCUUGUUACUUGGGCAACUCCAAGGUUGAGCGAAGACAAAGUUAAACAGUGUGUGGAUCCUAAGCUAAACAAUGAUUAUCCACCAAAAGCUGUUGCAAAGAUGGCAGCAGUUGCAGCACUAUGUGUUCAGUAUGAAGCCGACUUCCGACCAAAUAUGACGAUUGUUGUCAAGGCUCUACAACCUCUUCUCAGCAAACCGGGGGGAGACAACCAUAACUGACCUCAUAGAGCUGUUUUAUCUUCCCCGUUAUUAUUGGUCAUUUUACCAUUUGAUCCAGUUCUGUGUGUAUCAAGCAAAUUUUGUGGACAAAAACCGAUAAUAUGUCAUACUAUAUCAAUGUAUUACACAAUUAACUAAAAUAAAUUAGAACUAUUCUUCUUGGAUGAAGCAAAUGUUUGUUAAGUGGAGCACCGAUUGUUUGUUUAUUGCUGAUUGUAUGUAAACAAAACAUUGUAUCCAAAACAAUAUGGCAAGGGUAUCUAUUUGCGAAUUUUAUGUUGGUUCUCA